AGAGCCAGCCUUCCAAGACUUCUCACUAUCACAGCUUAUCUGGCGGCAUGGAGGCGUGAACCGCACUGCGUGCCACCGCCGCUACCGGAAACAGGAAGCGGAAGUCGGGAGAACCAUAAACAAAGUCCUCAGCUUCUCGUAGUUUUGUCCUGGUGUCAACAUGGGGAACACCAGCAGCGAGCGACCUGGACCCUUAAAAGGGCGAAGGGACAGUGGCGGGAGCGCUAGCAAGGGGGAUGACAGAGCCAAGAUCCUGAUGGACAGCCCGGAGGACGCGGAUAUGUACCCGGCCGAGGAAAACAAGGCACCGCUGGAAAAGGAUGAGUUCCUAGCAUGGCAGCAUGAUUUAGAGGUGAACGAUAAAGCUCCAACGCAGGCUCGACCAACUGUUUUUCGCUGGACAGGCGGAGGGAAGGAAAUUUACUUAGCUGGGUCUUUCAAUAACUGGGGGAAGAUUCCUCUCAUCAGAAGCCACAACAACUUUGUUGCCAUAUUAGACCUGCCGGAAGGUGAUCACCAGUACAAAUUUUUUGUUGAUGGCCAGUGGACGCAUGAUCCUGCUGAGCCAGUAGUAACUAGCCAGCUUGGCACUAUAAACAAUGUUAUAAAUGUGAAGAAAACCGAUUUUGAAGUAUUUGAUGCCUUAAUGGUGGAUUCUCAGAAAGGCUCUGAUUUGUCAGAGUUGUCCAGCUCUCCGCCUGGUCCAUACCAGCAGGAUCCAUAUAACUGUAAGCUAGAAGAACGUUUCAAAUCUCCUCCGAUCCUUCCACCUCAUCUACUGCAAGUUAUCCUUAACAAAGACACCGGUAUAUCUUGUGAUCCAGCGCUGCUCCCAGAACCAAACCAUGUUAUGUUAAAUCACCUAUAUGCCCUUUCCAUUAAGGAUGGCGUGAUGGUAUUAAGUGCUACUCACCGUUACAAGAAGAAAUAUGUCACCACAUUACUGUACAAGCCAAUAUGAGCUGCAUCCAUAGACUGUUCUCACUUCUAUUUACGCCUUUUCCAAAAAAUUUUUACAUAUUAAAUGCAUUAAAUAUUUGCGAACUCAGAUUUAGCUGUCAGUAUUGUAUUGAGCAUUCUAAUGGUCCACAAUAUAGAUCUACUAUUGACCUGCAGCAGUUGCUGUAAUAAGCAUUUUACUGCACCUGAUUCAAUGUAGGGUUAUAGAUGCUUUAUAUUUCUCAGCACAUUGUGUGCCCUGUUGGGUUGUGCUUGUAAUAAGAAAAUGUAGAUUACACCAAUACUAGUGGACGGACUUGCCAUUUUCCUCUGAAGUGAGGACUAUUAGUACAGCUAAAAUAGCAAAUAGUUGUUGGGGUUUUCCUUACUGUACUUUGGUCAUAGGAUUAUUUUCAAUCUUUAUUGUAGGAAAUCAAAGUAUAUCAAUGUUGGAUUCUAACAUCUAUCAGCACUCGCCUAUUACAAAAGAAUAAAAACAACUCACAUAGGAUACACUGAGGAGGAGUCCAAACCCCAUGCAUGUGUAUCUAUGAUUAUGUGCCCCAGAUAUACAAUUCACAGGACAGAACUGUGACCCUUUUCUCCUUCAUAGAACUGUGUUUUAUUGUACAGUGUAUUUAUCUAUAUUUAGGAUUCCUUUUUAAAAUGUGUAUAAACAUGUAAAACACGCUC